CUUCUCAGUCCCGCCUCCGCUCCGGUGCUGCCGCCGCGCGUGGCCGCAGCGCCGCCGGGGCCGGGUCGGGGUCGGGCCGAGCUCCCAGCUCCGCGCUCCGAGCUCCGCGCUCCGAGCUCCGCGCUCCGCGCUCCGAGCUCCGCGCUCUGAGCUCCGCGCUCCCAGCUCCGCGCUCCCAGCUCCGCGCUCUGCUCCGGGAUGUUCCGCAUCGAGGGGCUGGGGCCCAAGAUGGACCCGGAGGAGCUCCGCCGCAAGAUGCGCCGCGACGUGCUCGCCUCCGUCCGCAACUUCCUCAUCUACGUGGCCCUGCUGCGGAUCACUCCCUUCAUCCUGAAGAAGCUGGACAGUAUAUGACCCCUCGGGCCCGGCGGGAUGAGCUGCAGCUGCUGUCCCGCGGGGCUGGCCGCACGGCACGGCUCGGCACGGCACGGCACGGCACGGCUCAGCACGGCACGGCACGGCACGGCCCCCGCGGCCGUGGGGCAGAGCAUUCCCUGUGCUGCGUGAGCAGAGCCCCCGUUCAUCCCGCACACGCUGCGGCUCGCCGGCCCACCCAUGUGCACUGCCCUGCAUCCAGCUCACCUACAGCGUGAAAUAAACGGGAAAUAAAUGGAAAUAUAACAACGAAA